AUGAAAUCUACUGGAUGCAUCCUGGAGUGGCGUCUCAGAAACUGGGGUCUCAACGUCCACAAAUGGGCCUUUCAAGAGCACCAAAGGGCUUAUUCCAAGGCCCUGAAAGAGGCACUCACCCAGGGAAGUAUCGAUCCUAUUCUAACAGCCCUGCUCAAAUCAUGCACCCCUGCACUCAGCCUUCCGAUAACACAGAUUGUUGACCACUCCCUCAAAUCUGUCAGUGUCCCACCUGCAUUUAAGACUGGCCCCCUUCUGAAGAAGCCCACCCUGGACUCAGAAGUGCUGGCCAAUUACGGGUCAAUAUCCAACUUCCCUUUCCUCUCCAAGGUGUUGAAAAAAGUGGUUGCUGUACAGCUCCAGGAUCAUCUAAAUCAGAACAACUUAUUUGAGAAGUUCCAGUCAGGUUUCCGGCUGGCCCACAGCACUGAAAUGGCCCUACUCCGGGUCACCAAAGACCUGCUGAUGGCAGCUGACGCAGGCUCCUCUUGUCUCCUGAUCCUCCUGGACUUGAGUGCAGCGUAUGACACUGUUGAACACCCCAUCCUCCUGGAACGCCUCUGGGACACCAUCGGACUGUCUGGACCAGCUCUGAGCUGGUUCCACUCCUACCUGUCAGACAUGACUGAGUAUGUGUCGCUAGGUGGGUCCUGCUCCAUCCUGUUUGUCCUGUAUCUGCUCCCCCUUGGUCGUAUAAGGGCAUGGAUGAACCAAAACUUCCUUCAAUUGAACAGCAGCAAAACCUAGGCCCUACUUGUUGGCACCCCCCACCAGGUCCAGCGCUCACCAAUAACACAUCUCACCAUUGCAGGACAGAACAUCCCUCUCUCUCCCUCAGUUUCCAAUCUGGGUGUAAAGCUUGAUUCCUCCCUAACCUUUGACAGCCACAUCAAACAACUGUGUAAAGCGUCAUUCUAUCACCUCAAGAACAUUGCCAAACUCAGUCCUACCCUCACUCAGUCUGAUGCAGAGAAGCUCAUCCAUGUCUUUAUCUCCUCAAGGCUGGACUACUGCGACGCACUCUUCUUCGGGAUCCCUGGCAGGAGUCUCCAGAAGCUCCAAUACAUUCAGAACAGCGCUGCCAGGAUCCUGAUGAGGGUGUGGAAACACCAUCAAAUUCCCCCAAUCCUGGCAUCUCUGCUCUGGCUCCCCGUCUCAUUCCGGAUUAUAUUCAAAACCCUCCUGCUGACUUUCCAGUGUAUUCAUGGCAAUGCUCCUCCUUAUCUCAAAGAACUGCUCUCCCCCCAUAACCCCACCCACAUCCUCAGGGCAAGCUUGACCGCUAGCAACUCAUGGUUCCCCAUGUCGAAAUUCCGCUCCGCCGGGGACAGCCGACUGGAGAAAAACGCGCAAGGGUUGUACAUUCAAGUACUGCUUGUUAGAUACGACCAGGUGGCUGAAAUCAUGGAUGUGUUUGAAGAUGAGAAAGAGAAAACAUAG